AGUGGGUUGACGCUACGCUGGGCAGGAAGUGCUGGCUGGUGAUCUGCAGUGCAGUCUAGGAGCUGUCAUUCCCAUUCCAUUGUACCUCUGAUGAUGAGCUCAUGGUUAAUAAUUUGUACACAGCGGGAAGAAGCACACCGGAAGUAUGUAGGAUAUACUCAGCCAUUGUCUGCCAGCAAAGCCCGAUUGCCACAAGACCUUACCGAGUGACAUAGAUGUCGGGCCCUUCAUCUCUAUUCUCUUAGCAAUCUGCUACCAAACGCUAGCGUCCUUGCUAGCACUGUUGCUGAUGUUGUCAGCCAAUUUUACUCCUCAAACCGUGCUUGUGUUUGAAUGACACUUUACGGCAACUGCAGUAAGCUAUGACGGUGUGAUGUACUUAUGUCUGCCUGGUGUUUGACGUUAGCACAAUAACCACGCAGGAGAAUGAAUGCAGAGGAAGUGGAGCUGCUCGGUGACUCCAAGUACAGGAACUAUGUGGCCGCCGUGGAUAAAGCCCUUAAGAGCUUUGAGUACUCCAGUGAGUGGGCAGACCUCAUCUCUGCUCUGGGCAAGCUCAACAAGGUUUUGCAAAACAAUGCAAAAUACCAGGUGGUCCCCAAAAAGCUGACAAUAGGCAAGAGGCUGGCCCAAUGCCUGCAUCCUGCCCUGCCCAGUGGAGUCCACCGUAAGGCCUUGGAGACCUACGAGAUCAUUUUUAAGAUCAUCGGUCCCAAGAGGCUGGCCAAAGACCUUUUUCUUUAUAGCUCUGGCCUCUUCCCUUUACUCACCAAUGCUGCCAUGUCUGUGAAGCCUGUGCUGCUGGGCCUCUAUGAGACCUACUACCUGCCUCUCGGCAAGACCUUGAAGCCCGGCCUGCAGGGUCUCCUCACUGGGGUGUUGCCUGGCCUUGAGGAGGGCUCUGAGUACUAUGACAGAACCAACACCCUGUUGGAGAAGGUGGCGGCAGCCGUGGAGCAUUCGGCAUUCUACAGUGCCUUAUGGGGCAGCAUUCUGACCAGCCCUGCUGUGCGUCUUCCAGGGGUCACCUUUGUCCUGUUGCACCUCAACCGCAAGCUCUCCAUGGAGGACCAGCUCUACAUCAUGGGCAGUGACAUUGAACUCAUGGUCGAGGCUGUCAGUACGUCAGUCCAGGAUUCAAGUGUGCUGGUGCAAAGGAGCACUUUGGACUUGAUUCUUUUCUGCUUCCCCUUCCACAUGAGCCAAGCCACUCGCCCUGACAUGAUACGGAUCCUGUCAGCUGCUUUGCAUGUGGUUUUAAGAAGAGACAUGUCCCUGAACCGCAGACUCUACGCCUGGUUGCUGGGGCUCGACAACAAUGGGGUGAAACCAGGCCCCCGCAGCACUCGACAGAGCAACCCAGAAGAGCAUGCGAGCCACUAUUUCAACACCUUCUCUAAAGACAUGCUUGUCCAGGCAAUGGUGGGGAUAUUGCAGGGCAAGGCACGAGGUGGGGAAGAGGAAAGCAUUCUCAUGCACGACCUCAAGCCAUUUCGCAUCCUCAUCAGUCUGCUGGACAAACCGGAGCUUGGCCCUGCAAUCUUAGAGGAUGUUCUUAUUGAGGUGUUUCGUACUCUACACACACAAUGCAAAACGGAGUUAGACCUCCAAAACCAGAGUCCCUUCACCAAGGACCACACGCACCUUAGCAGUAAACUUCGUGAAAAUAAGAAGACGGCAGAACUGAUUAAAACAGCCAAUCUCCUGUUCAACUCCUUUGAGCCAUACUACAUGUGGGACUAUAUCGCUCGCUGGUUUGAGGAGUGCUGCAGGAGGACAAUGAAUGUGUGUGCAAGCGUUCCAAGACAUGCUGGGAAUUUUGAUACCCCAGAGCUCUGCUUGAUGGAGUUCUGUCAGCUAGUUGAUUUCCUGCUGGACAUUGUUUCCUUGCCUACUAGAAGCAUGAGGGUAAUCUGCCAGGAGACGUACAUCGAGAUUCAGACGGAGCAUCUUCCUCAGCUGUUGUUGCGUAUGGUGGCAGCACUAACCUGUCACCUACAGACCUUGGGGCUCAGAGAGCUCACUCACUGCCUACGCCUCUGCUCCAAGAUCUUGAGCAAAGUGCAGCCACCAUUGGUGUCUCCUUUGGCUCUGCCCACCACCCCCCAAGUACAGGGCUUUUCCAACUCUCCCGGCAGCGCUUCAGACUCCGCCAAAGAAAACAAGAAAAAUCUUCCUGUACCUCUGGAAACAUCUGGAAGCGGGGACUUGUGCCAAGAUGGAGAAAAUCCUCCCAGCAGUCACUCUUCUGAAAGUGGCUUCACAGACUUUGUCCAAUACCAAGAAAAUGGCCCUGACACAGAAGGUCCAAAUCACUCGGCACUUAAAACAGGCCGCUGCUCCUCUGGCCCAUCUCAGGCUAAACCUCUGGACAAACCAGUCAUGCAGUGCUGCUUGGAACGCUUCCAACAAUUUAUCUCGCGGCUUAUUACCUUGCAUCUUACCUCUGAGCAGGCGGACAAAGCUGAGAAGGAUGGAGGAGAGGUACUGCAGUCAGCAAACCUGAUAUUAGACAGCUCCCAACUCAACGGUCGGAUAGACCAGACCGAGUCAUGCCCAGAGUCUGCGAUGGUGCAGAAAGAGUGUGUUGCUGCUUUUACUGCUGCCUGCCAGCUCUUCUUGGAAUGUUCCAGUUUCCCAGUCUACAUCGCAGAAGGGAAUCUGAAGGCUUCACCCACACAGGAAGAACAGUGUGACAGCGAGCGGGUGUGUUUGCCAGUGUGGCUGCAAAAACUGAUGGAUGCCUCCUGCCUGGCUAGCGACUUUGGUUUGCAAGGCGUGGCCAUUUCUCUACUGAUGGACCUGGUAGGACUCACUCAGUCCGUCGCUAUGGUGACAGCCGAGAGCGUAGCAUCUAACGGCAGCUCAGAGGCGGCCCAGCCCAUGAGUCCGAGCCAAGGUCGAGUGGCUGUCGUCAUCAGGCCUCCACUCACUCAGGGAAUCCUUAAGUACAUCGCAAACAAGACAGACUUCUUCAAGAAUGUGGCUCUGAUCCUGUGGGACCAGUUGAGUGAAGGAACACCUCAGCAUCAUCAACGUAGUGUGGAGCUCUUCUAUCAGCUCCACAACCUAGUGCCGUCAUCCAGCAUCUGUGAGGAUGUGAUCAGCCAACAGCUCAUGCAUCGGGACAAGAAAAUUCGCCUAGAAGCCCACGUGAAGUUUUCUGUGCUGUGGCAUUUGACGCGGGAUUUGAACAUCACCAAGUCUUCUCCUUUUAAUCGAACAUUUGACAGAUCUCUUUUCAUCAUGCUAGACAGUCUUAGUUACUGGGAUCCAUGUACCAGUUCAGUUGGCCGGGCUUGGCUCAAUCAGGUCCUUCAAAGACAUGAUAUUGCUCGCGUACUGGAGCCCCUGCUUCUCCUUCUCCUCCACCCCAAGACCCAUAGGGUUUCCAUUCAAAAGGUACAAGCCCAGCGACACUGGGCCACUGUUUUUCCUGGCCUGCCUGAGCAGGCGCCAUUGGAACCGAUCUACAUCAGAGAUUCCGGCUUCUCUGACAAUCUCAGUCACGUACAUGAGGCACAGGGGGACUUCCGAGGUCUUGAUGUGGGCGACAUGGAGCCGUUCUGUCUCACUGUGAACCCUCUGAGUGACAGCCUGUCUAUACUAAGCCUGAGCAGUGAGAAUUUACAAUUAACUGGUGAAUUUCCGCCUGCUGACCAGCAGGGGGAGCCCCAGUCCUCUGAAUCAACUGGUUCUCGUUCAUCUCCAGUGGAAAAUGGAAGCUUUGAGGAGCCAGAGGUUGUAAACAGCACUGCCAAUAGUUCUGAUCAGCAGCCUGCUUCUUCAGAUGACAUGUCUGACGACUCUUUGGAAGAGAUUGUGUCCUCUGUUGUAAAUGAGCUAAUAGAAAAGGUUCUGAGGUUAGUAGCUGAAGAGCCUUUUGAAAUCCCACCUCAGUCUGAAAACUGGCCUCAAACAGACUCAGAGAGCACUUCCUCAGAUACCUCCACUGGUCCCCAUCUUGAGUCCGGACUUCCUCAUACUUCCAACCACCAGACUCUUCCAGAGAUUCUCGCUGAAGGAACUCUGGAGUUCCUCUGCGUCACUUCAUCAGAUGUAGCUAAAGAGGAGCAGCAUCGAGAGGGCAUCACCCGGCACAGUUCCUCCCCUUCUAUUGUCACAUUACCCGACAACCCAGACCUAGCCAUUUCAGACCGCAACCUGCGAGUAGAUGACCCUCAAGCACGUAAACGUAGCCACAGUAGUACUCAGCUGAGCCUUAAAGGGAAAAUCAUGGAGAAGUUAUCCGACAAAUCGCCAGGGGCCAGGCCCAAGAUCAAAAAGUCCAAAAGAAAAGAGGAGCAGAGAAAGGCUGCAAUCCAGGCUGACAAAACACAACCACCGAGUAUUUUCUUCGGGGACAGCCUGGAUCUGGAGAACUGGUAUAGCUGUGGGGAGGGCGAGGUAUCAGAGAUCGAAAGUGACACUGGCUCACCCAAUGGCUGUCCAAGUGGGACGGUUGGAAGUGUUGGUGUCGCAGGACGAAGAUCGUCUUCCGCCUCACCUCGAGUCCACAUCCAUCCCCUCUACCAGCAUGUUCUUCUAUAUCUCCAGUUAUAUGACUCCUCCAGGGCCCUGCACGCCCUGUCAGCAGUUGCAGCCAUGCUCAGGGCCGCUCCCUCAGGGUUUGUAAGCGCUAUCUCCACCACCAGCAUCAACAACACUUAUACCCCACAGCUGUCUUUGCUCCAAAACUUACUAGCCCGUCACAGGGUGUCCGUCAUGGGCAAAGACUUCUACUGCCCCAUUCCUCAGGACUCCCACUCGCACUCUUUUCGCAGUGCCAUGUAUCUGGAGAUCAUCAUAUCGCUCUGUCUCUACUUCCUAAGAAGCUAUUACUCUGCCCACGUGGCAGCUGGCCCUCAGGACUUGGCGGGGAACCGGGCCAUGCAGCUCACCAGUAUCGAGGUCUUGACUCUUCUCUUCAACGAGCUAUCCAAAGUCACGGGGGGCUCGGCGAAAGGCUUUGCUAGUUUUAUCUACGACGUCCUGUCUAAGUGCAAAGUUCAGAAGGUUGUUCUCCAUUGCCUGCUCUCCUCGAUAUUCAGUGCCCAGAAAUGGCAUGACCAACGGUUGGCCAGCAGAAACAUAGCGACCGUGGAGGAAGGUCUUUCAGAGGACAGCGUCAUCAACUUGUCAGAGGACCAGAUGGAUGGCUGUAGCGCAGUCCAGUCCCAGUUACUCAGACUGCUGCAGAGCCUCGUUGUACUUGAGCAUAGAGUUCUGGUGCCAGCUGAAGAAGGAGAACCUGCAGGCGCUGGAGCAGGUGGUGCAGGCGCGGGCAGCGGCACAGGGCCUGGGUUUGAGAUCUUGGGUGGAGAAGUGGAACAUGUCAACCCUCAGCAGCCAAUGACAUCACUGCAAUACCUUCAUGGCCAGCCAAUCACAGCACAGGGCAUGUUUUUAUGCGCGGUGAUCAGGGCAUUGCAUCAACACCAUGCGUGUAAGAUGCAUCCUCAGUGGAUUGGACUCAUCACAGCCACACUGCCGUACAUGAGGAGGGUUCUGAGAAGGGUGGUUGCAUCAGUCACCCUCCAGCUGUGCAGGAACCUGGACAAUCUACUUCACCAGUACCGCUAUGAGACUGGAAUUACUGAUACCAGGCCUCAGUGGACGGCUCUCUGCAUUCCUCCCGACUUGAUACUGACAGUGCUGGAGGGCAUCACUGCCAUCAUCCAUUAUUGCCUGCUUGAUCCCACUUCCCAGUACCACCAGUUACAAGUGAGUGUUGACCAGAAGCACCUGGCGGAAGCUCGUUCAGGCAUCCUGUCCAUUCUCCACACCAUCAUGUCCUCUGUCACGCUGUUAUGGAGUGUCCUCCACCAUGCCGACAACUCUGACAAGCCAGCUGCUGCUUCUGCCGCGUCCACGUCCAACAUCAAUCUGGGCUCCACUAAGAAAAUACGUCAGCAAAUUCUUGAGCUGCUCGGACCGAUCUCCAUGAACCACGGGGCUCACUUUAUGGCAGCCAUUGCCUAUGUUUGGAAUGAGCGGAAACAGGUCAAGACUCCAGUCAGAAAUAAAGUAAUUCCACUUGCCAGUGAAGAACAGCUGUUGCUGGUUGAGCUGGUCCGCUCAGUGAGUGCAAUGCGCACUGAGACUGUCAUGCACACAGUUAAAGAGGUUUUGAAGCAGCCGCCAGCCAUUGCGAAGGACAAGAAACACCUUUCUUUGGAGGUCUGCAUGCUGCAGUUCUUCUAUGCAUAUGUCCAGAGGAUCCCAGUUUCCACAUUGGUUGACAGCUGGCCAUCUCUGCUGGCACUGCUAAAGGACUCGGUUCAGUUAGGCCUGCCUGCUCCAGGACAGUUUUUAAUACUUGGUGUUCUGAAUGAAUUCAUCUUGAAGAACCCCAACCUGGAAAAUAAGAAGGACCAGCGAGAGCUCCAGGAUGUGACACAUAAAAUCGUGGAGGCCAUUGGGACAAUUGCGGGUUCCUCUCUGGAGCAAACUACCUGGCUGAGAAGAAACCUGGAGGUGAAGGCCUCUCCUCAGAUUGUUGUGGAUGGAACAAACCUUGAGGCAGAUGUUGAAGAUUUAAUGCUCACAGUAAUGGAGGCAUCCAACUUUACUCCAUCCGUCUACAGCGUUCAUGCCCUCACACUGCUGGCUGAGGUGCUGGCUCACUUGUUGGACACGGUGUUCUACAGUGAUGAGAAGGAGCGGGUCAUACCAUUGCUGGUCAAUAUCAUGCAUUACGUAGUUCCUUACCUACGCAAUCACAGUGCUCACAAUGCCCCCAGCUACCGGGCCUGCAUCCAACUGUUGAGCAGUCUGAGUGGUUACCAGUACACACGCAGAGCCUGGAAGAAAGAGGCAUUUGACCUCUUCAUGGACCAUACCUUCUUCCAGAUGGAUUCAUCCUGUGUCAGCCACUGGAGGGCGAUCAUUGACCAUUUGAUGACACAUGACAAGACGACAUUCAGAGACCUCAUGACCCGGGUAGCUGUUGCCCAGAGCAGCUCCCUCAGUCUGUUCACCAAUAGAGAUGCUGAACUCGAACAGAGGGCCAUGCUGCUCAAGCGCCUGGCCUUCACCAUCUACAGCAGUGAAGUAGACCAGUACCAGAAGUACCUGCCUGACAUACAAGAGCGCCUUGCUGAGAGCCUGCGUCUGCCUCAGGUGCCCAUCCUCCACGCACAGGUGUUCUUGUUCUUCAGGGUACUACUGCUGCGCAUGUCACCUCAACACUUGACCUCGCUAUGGCCCACCAUGAUCACUGAACUGGUCCAGGUGUUUCUAUUAAUGGAACAGGAGCUGAUGGCAGAUGAGGACAUAUCAAGGACGUCAGGGCCAUCUGUGGCUGGCUUAGAGACCACCUACUCUGGAGGAAAUGGCUUUUCAACCUCCUACAACAGCCAACGCUGGCUCAACCUCUAUCUGUCAGCCUGCAAGCUGCUGGACUUGGCCUUGGCGCUACCGCCUGAGAGCCUGCCUCAGUUCCAGAUGUACCGCUGGGCCUUCAUCCCUGAAGCCUCCGACGAUUCUGGAUUGGAGGUCAGACGUCAAGGGACGCACCAGCGGGAGUUUAAACCCUACGUGGUACGACUGGCCAAGCUGCUGAGGAAACGAGCAAAGAAAAAUCCAGAAGAGGACUGCUCCACCCGAACACUAUCCUGGGAGCCAGGACACCUGAUGCUAACCCUUUACGUUAUCCGCAGCAUGGAGCAGCUGCUGCCCUUCUUCAGCCUGCUCAGUCAGGUGUUUAACAGCAAAGCCAGUAGCCGCUUCAGUCCCGCCUACACCCACAACCAUGCAGAUGGCUCUUUACCCGCCCACAAGGAGGGCCACAAGUUGGAGAGCCAAAAAGUUUUCUGGAGUCGAGCUCGGCAGAACAUUGAAGAAAUGGUGGAAAAAGACUUUCUAGAAGGUCUUAUCAAGACGUGAGAACAAGGGUCUCAACAACACAUGAAACAACUGAUCAGCACUAGUGACAAACCUCAACUGGGAUAUCACCACAAGGGAGAAUGAUUUGUACAUGUUUUGUAUUUAUAAUUAUUUUACUUUUCAAAGGCCAUUAGGUUUUAAUUAUUUGUACAUACAAAGAUAGCCUCGAUGGCUGACUUUUAAUACUUCAUGGCAGUCCUUCAGGACCAAAGACAAGAUGCCGUGCCAUUCCAUGUUGAUGUGACUUAAUAAAGAACAGGUCUCACAGGC